AUGGCACCUAGCCUGGAACUUGGCUCUCGCCGUGGAAUUGUCAACUUCCUAGACGUUACGCAGGGCUCCAUGAAUUCCGAAAUACCAAUCGAGGAGCAUCACGUAAUUCCCUUUUGCAAGGUCUACAAUGGCAUCGAAUCCGCGGAGAAUUCCAUCCGAAAGCGAGGGAGCGAUGAUGACUCUGAUAGGAUGGGGGGAGUCAAAUCGCUUAAUAGUAUUCUCCAGAAAUCUACCCACUCCAGUGGAAGCAUGUGUAGCAGGGAGGGUUUCCCAAGGGCACCAUGGGCAAGCUCGCAUCUUCGAAGUUCAAGCGACGAGAUGGGGCGUCGCGGGUGGUGCUCCUUCGCAGAUUCGUGUGCGCUGGAUGUAGAUGAUAUGUUUAGCCGCGUUCAGUCGAUCGUAACACGAAUGCGGAUUCAAAACAUGGAAUCCGAAGUCGAAAAACUGUGCGCGAGGUCGGUCGGAGGAGAACAAAGAAAGCGGCCUGUGAGUUCCCAUCGACUAAUUCCACUCUCGGGUGAUCGAAAGAAUGCCCUGAAGAUUUAA